AUGUCUGUAGCAAGAUUUCCUCCGCAUUUCAAGAACACAGACCAUCGCCAGAGGUGUCUUGUCCAGCUUCGCUCUAAACAAGUCGCCCUCGAAAAAUAUAUCUAUCUCAAUGGUCUCAAGGGUCGGGAUUCUAAUUUAUUCUAUGAUAUCUUACUAGACAAUAUGCAGGAAUUGGUACCAAUAUUAUAUACACCCACUGUGGGCGACGCUUGCGUGAACUACUCCCACAUCUGGCGUCGUCCCGAAGGCUUAUUCGUGUCCAUCGAGGACAAGGGCCACAUCCGUGAAGUUUUGUCAUCCUGGCCAAACAUCCAUGACAGUCGGAUUGCCGUUGUCACUGACGGCUCUCGUAUCCUCGGUUUGGGUGACCUCGGAGCAAAUGGUUUGCCCAUUAGUGUGGGUAAACUGGACCUGUACAUCGCAGGCGCUGGGAUCAAGCCUACGUCUACCGUUCCUAUUUGUCUUGAUCUUGGAACAAACACUCAAAAGUAUCUCGAUGAUCCUCUCUACAUCGGUGUACGGCGCCAAAGGCCUGGACCUGCUGAAAUGGACGCCUUCAUGGAAGAAUUCAUGCAAGCUAUGAAGGAUGUAUUUCCACAUUUAGUCAUACAAUUCGAGGACUUCUCAACGGACAACGCUUUUAAAUACCUUGACAAAUACCGCAGUCAAUACACGGUGUUUAAUGAUGAUAUCCAAGGCACUGGUUCUGUCAUCCUGGGCGGUUUUAUCAACGCCGCCCGCUUGUCGUCUGCAGCCUCGAACCUUCCGUUGUCGGAUCAUAAAAUUUUGUUCUUCGGAGCUGGUUCUGCGGGGAUUGGCGUCGCGAAGCAAUUGUUGUCGUUCUUUACCAUGUCCGGUUUGAGCGAAGAGGAAGCUAGAAAGAGAAUCUACACGGUCGACUCAAAAGGAUUGAUCACUGCGGACCGGAAGGGGCUACAGGAACACAAGAAGUUCUUUGCUCGUACCGACUACAACGGCCCUGCCCUGACGAACUUGGUCGAUAUCAUCAAGUACGUCAAGCCGACCGCUCUUCUGGGAUUGAGCACCAUGCGAAAUGCAUUCUCGGAAGAGGUCGUGAAGGCUAUGAGUGGCUUGAACAAGCGACCGAUCAUCUUCCCUCUAUCCAAUCCUGUGGCGUUGAGCGAGCUUGACUAUUCUGAUGCUAUACAAUGGUCGAACGGAGAAGUGAUAUUCGCUUCCGGUAGCCCAUACAAACCGGUCUCUCAUGGUGGAAAAGACUUUGAGCCUGGACAGGGAAACAACAUGUACAUCUUCCCCGGAAUCGGACUCGGUACCAUCCUCUCCAAAGCCCAUCACGUCUCCGAUGGUAUGGUCGAGCAAGCGGCCAACGCCCUCGCGUCGUCUCUGAACGCGGAGGAGCAAGCCGCCCAGCUCGUCUACCCUCGACUCGGACGUAUCAGAGACAUCAGCGCACAAAUCGCACUAGCUGUGAUCAGGCAAGCGCAGAAAGAGCAUCUGGACGACAAUGCGUAUCUCCGCACCUUGCCUGAUGCUGAGCUCUUUGGCCUGAUCCAGGACAAGAUGUGGCAGCCGCCGGUACUCCGAACGAAGGCUCUGGGAAUGCUGUGAGCUGUGGGGGGGCAUGAGAAAGGAUGCUUCCCAGGGGGGUAGGAGACGCUGUUCCGUCGUCCCGUCAGACGCUCGGAAUGUUCCUAAACCACGUUGACAGCGGGGGAUUGUUAUCGCUAUUUUAGUUUGCUGUGCUGAUUCAUCUUCGUACUAUGUAUCUAUCUUGGUAUUCGCCGCAUAUCACUUCUUUUUGCACUUUGUUGGUAUGACAAAAGUGGAAGAAAAAACAAUCAAUAUAGAUCUUGUCACACUGUCG